CAUUUAUAAUGUGGCUGACGGCUGUAAUGUUAGGUUAGUUUACUCCCGGAGUUAUCGAGUUGUGAUUGUUUUGUGUUUAUUUAGAAUAAUGUUUUAAAGUACACGUCAUUAUUUUUCUUCUACCAUUCCUUGAAUUUAUUGUUAUAAACCCUCAUAAAAAUGACCUCGAUACGCGAAAAACAAAUUGCUGCUCUAAAGCAAAUGCUCAAUCUGAAUCAGCCGCAAACCAAAUUGAUGUCGGCUGAGCCAGUCUGGAAAAUUCUGAUCUACGACCGCUAUGGACAGGACAUCAUUUCUCCUCUGAUCUCCAUCAAGGAGCUGAGAGAACUUGGAGUUACCCUGCAUGUUCAGUUGCAUUCGGACAGAGACCCGAUUCCGGAUGUACCUGCUGUCUACUUCUGUAUGCCUUCCGAAGAGAACCUGGGUAGGAUCGGCCAAGACAUGCAGAAUAAUAUCUACGACAUUUACCACCUGAACUUCAUCUCUCCGAUCUCGCGGCAACGGCUUGAAGACCUCGCCGCUGCUGCUCUACAGAAUAACUGUGUCUCACAGAUUCAUAAGGUGUAUGACCAGUAUCUGAAUUUCAUAUCAUUGGAAGAUGACAUGUUUGUUCUGAGGCAUCAAAACAGCGAAAGCAUAUCCUACUAUGCUAUCAACAGAGGUGAAAUAAAGGAUACAGAAAUGGAAGCCAUCAUGGAUACAACAGUUGACAGCUUGUUCUCCGUUUUCGCAACUCUAGGAACUGUUCCUGUAAUUAGGAGUGCCCGUGGCAAUGCUGCCGAAAUGGUGGCUGAAAAGUUAGACAAAAAGUUGAGAGAAAAUCUGAGGGAUACUAGGAAUAGUCUGUUUCUAACGGACGCCACUCAAGCCGGACAUUUUAGCUUCCAGAGACCUUUGCUUAUAAUCUUGGAUCGUAACGUGGAUAUGGCGACACCUUUACAUCACACAUGGACUUAUCAGGCGCUGGCGCACGAUGUACUGGAACUGUCAUUGAACAGGGUUGUGGUGGAGGAGGGAGGGGGUAAGUCGCCUGGCGGGAGUAUGCGUGCGAAAACGCGUGCGUGCGAUCUCGACUCAAGAGACAAGUUCUGGGUCACCCAUAAAGGAAGUCCAUUCCCAACAGUGGCGGAAGCAAUACAGGAAGAACUGGAACAAUAUCGGUCAUCAGAGGAGGAGGUCAAACGACUGAAAGCGACCAUGGGCAUCGAUAAUGAAAGCGAUGUGGCGUUUUCAAUGAUGAACGACAACACAGCCAAGUUGACGUCUGCUGUCAAUUCACUUCCACAACUCCUUGAAAAGAAAAGACUCAUCGAUAUGCACACCACCAUUGCGACUGGUAUUCUGAAUGCGAUAAAAUCUCGCCGUUUGGAUACUUUGUUCGAAUUGGAAGAGAAAAUAAUGGCGAAGGCAUCACUGGAUAAACCUCUGAUGGAUGUGAUAUCGGAUCCGGACACGGGCACACCAGACGACAAGAUGAGGCUUUUCAUCAUCUACUACAUCUGCUCUCAUACUAUGUCCGAGACGGAAUUUGAGAAAUAUUCCCAAGCUUUAGAAAGUGCUGGCUGUGAUUUGAAACCACUCAACUACAUAAAAAGGUGGAAGGCCUAUACAAGAAUGGCAUCGACAUCGAAUCAAUACGUUGGCGGAGGCACAAAAACAGUGAGCAUGUUCUCCAAAUUAGUAUCUCAAGGAUCGUCGUUCGUAAUGGAAGGUGUUAAGAAUCUGGUUGUCAAGAGGCAUAACCUACCGGUGACGCGGAUAGUAGACGAGCUGAUGGAGAUGAGGGGUGGUGGAGGGGGUGGCGCCGAGGAGUACCGCUACCUGGACCCGAAGCAGUUGCGGCCGACCGCAGGCGACCAGUCGCAGGCCGGCAGCCGCAACCGCACGCCCUUCAACGAGGCCUUUGUCUUCAUCGUCGGUGGCGGCAACUACAUCGAGUAUCAGAACUUGGUAGACUAUACCAGGAGCAAAUCAGGGAGUGCUCAUGGGCCUGGAGGAAAGAAGAUAGUCUAUGGUGCUUCAACAUUGAGUAACUCCAGGGAAUUCCUCAAGCAGCUCUCGCUUCUUGGACAGGAGGUGCACUGACAUAGGUUCAUACAAACCGUUUAAAAUUGGGAUCAACGUGUCACUGGUGUGUCUGGACUGAGAGUGUUUCCUUAACGCUAUAGAACUGUACUGUAAAUAUUAUAUUGAAAUGAGAUCUUCUUGGAAAAAGUUGCUUUUUUCAACCCUUUGUAUUCAAUGAAAUCAACAUUCUCAUAUUGUAUUUCAAUGACAGUACAUUGAAGUUUUGUCCUAACUUUUUCUAGUAUUUAAUGUACUUUUCAGUCAAAUUGUUUUGCUGCCUAAAUUAAAUAAAGCCUCAUUGGAAAUCAUUCAUGUAUACUUAGCACAGAUUAUUUAUACGGAGUAUAUAAUUUGUAUUGUUGAUUUCUAUGUAUUUUAUUAUUGGUUGAAAUGUUUAUCACUUAUAUAAUAAAUUUAUUUCAUAGUA